AUGCAGCAGGCGGAGCAGUCGGCUGCCGCCGCUGCGGCGACGGCGGCGGCGGCGGCUCUGCAGCGGCGGCGGGCGGCGGCGGCGGCGCGGUUCCGAGUGGGGUUGCCGGACCCCCGCCGACCCAGCGACGAGCAGGAGGAAGAGGAGAAGGAGGAGGAGGAGGAGGAGGAGGAGGAGGAAGAAGAAGAGGAGGAGGAGGAAGGUGGUGCCAACAGCGAGGACGGGCGUUAUUCGUCUCUGCCGAGUCUGGCCUCUAUAGGAGAAGAGGACGAAGAUGCCGACGAAGACGACUCAUCUGACUACGACUCGGAGGGAAACAACGGCGGCGGCGGCCGGUGGCGGCAGCGGGGGCAGCGGCAGCCACGCCGAGCUCAGAGCGUUGGCGGGGUGCCGGCGGAAGCGGAAGCGGAAGGAGAAAAGCCGCUCACGGCGGACGAGUUCAUCAUAAAAAAGCUGCUCGAUGAGGGAAAGCUCGGGCGGAUGGAGGCUGCCCAGAUGAUGCUGGAGUGCCGCAGCGAUGCCGGCGUCGGGCGGCUUCCGGAGGGGAAGGGGGGGGGGUAG